AUGCCGACCGACCCCCAUCCCGGUCCCGGUCUAGGGGACCUGGAGAAAGAACUCACCUGCUCGAUCUGCACGGAUCUGCUCUACCAGCCUCUCACCCUCCUCGACUGCCUGCACACCUUCUGCGGCUCCUGUCUCAAAGAAUGGUUCUCUGCACAAGCCUCCCGCGCCCGGUCGUCAUCUUCCGUCCGCUUCACUUGUCCGUCCUGUCGCGCGGUGGUCCGUGAAACCCGCCCGAAUGCUACCGUUACUACGUUACUAGAUAUGGUCCUGGCGGCGAGUCCCGACCGGGAUAAGUCGGCUGAGGAGAAGGAGGAGAUUGCGCUGAGAUACAAACAUGGUGAUUCGGUGUUCCCUGUUUUGUCGUCGGCGGAUCGGAGGGGUGAUGCUUCGGAUGACGAGGAUCGGAGGCUGUUGGAGGAGGUAAGGGAAUUGAGUUUGCAGGAAAGCCGGGUCCGGUCGAGAAAUGCUAGUGCUACUACUGGUCAUCGGUCGAGGCAGUCGUCGCGGACUCGUCGCACGGAAUCGAGUGCUGAGGUGGAUGGAGCGCGACAACGACGGCGAGAAGAAGAGCGUGCUGCGCGGCGACGACAGGGCGAGACUGCUGCGGAGCGCAAUAGACGCAUAGAGCAUCAGUCUAGUUUGCGGUCGUUGUUGAGUUUGUCGGAUACGGAGACGAUACAGGACCAGAUUCUACGGCAGAUUCUGGAGGAGGGGCUGUUGGAUGAUAUCGACUUCGAUAAUUUGGGUCCGGCGCAGGAAGAGGAGCUUAGUGAGCGCAUCGCUGAUGCGUAUCGUCGGAGGCAUAGAUUGCGCUCUCGCUCGCAGCAACGGUUGGAGGCGCGGGAGACGAAUCAGACGUCGUCACGGGCUCGGGCUCGCUCGCAUUCUACGCAGAGACCACAGGAAAAUCCUACGCAAAAUGAGACUAGCCGGAAUCCUCCUGUGUCGAGACCGCAUCUACUAGAUCCGCUGGUGGCACGAAAUGGGAACCCGGGUCAUCAGAGGCGGUUGUCAGAUCAGGGCAGCAGCCGUCGGCGAACGUCACCGGUGCCUGCGAAUCCUGCUUCUUCGUCGGAGGUCACGCUGAGGCCUGCAGCGCGAUCGUCUAGUGACGUGGUUACUGACCGUCCCCGAAAUUCGCAGGCUGCCCGAGUCAGAACGGAUUCGUCGCCGCGCUCUCGACGUGCCACGGCAUCUGAGCAGAGCACACCGAAUAUAUGGGUGGAAGGAGCUAGGGAACGUGCCAUCCGACGAGCUCCUGGUAGAUUAUCCAUCGAUUCACCAAGGGUGGUUGCAGCUCCUGAGCAAAAUACACACACCGGUUCCUGGCCAGCGAGUCCGGGGAUGGUUGUGCCCGCGAGCAGUUCCUUGGUAGCAGAGGUGGGAGGGACAGGCAGAUCAGAGGCGCGAUCUCGACCAUCUUCGUCUCGGUCCAAUGCGCCUCGCUCUGCUAUCAUGUUCCGCGAACCGUCUAUUUCAUGCGAUCGAUGUGGCAAGGAGAAGAUACAAUAUGAUUUACACAAGAAAUGUCACAAAUGCAAUGAUGGCGAAUACCACCUGUGCUUGAGAUGCUAUCGCACUGGCGAAGGGUGUCUCGAAUGGGCAGGCUUCGCCAAAUCCGCAGAAGCGGACUUUGAACGUAUCAUAGCUUCUUCAAGUGGCCAUCCCACGCCACUUCGCAGCAAUUCCCAGCAGCACAUCCUACAGUCGUGCAAGUACCGUCGGGCACCAGACAUAGCCUACCGACCCGACCGAGACGGACGACUUAUGACCACCGACGACCCAGCCCAAAGACUCACAACCGGCUUCUUCUGCGACAGCUGCCAAUCCCCUGCGAACGACUGCUACUGGAAGUGCGACCAAUGCAACGAAGGCGACUGGGGCUUCUGCAACCGCUGCGUGAACCAAGGACGAUGCUGCACCCAUGCCCUCCUCCCCAUUUGCCGCAUACCACCCGACAGCAAUUCAACUCCAACCGCAACCACAACCGACAACACGCCCUCCCCAUCACCCGAAACAUACAAGAUCCUCUCCAUCGCAACAAACUGCGACAUCUGCACGCACCCCAUCCCCGACUCCACCCCGCGCUUCCACUGCCUCCAAUGCAACAACGGCGACUACGACAUCUGCACCAACUGCUACCUCCGUCUUGUGGCCAUCGGCAAAAUCCGUAAAGAAAACGGCCACAACGGCUGGCGCCGCUGCCUGAAAGGCCACCGCAUGGCCGUGAUCGGCUUCGAAGACCACGAAGAAGGCCAACGCCGCGUCAUCCUCCGCGACCUCGUAGGCGGCCGUGCCCUCAACGACGACCACCUCAUCCAGCCCCCAUCUCCAACCGCCUCCCCAAUCACCACCACCUCCACUGCCAACUCCACCAUCGCCUCCCCUGAAGUUGGCUCCGGCGACUGGAGUUGGAAAGAGGGCUCCGAGCGCCGCAAAAAGGCCUCUCGGUUCAGACCCUGGACUAUCGGUGAUCGUGACCGUGAUCGUGACCGCUCCUCCGAACCAAGCACACCCACCAUCACCACAUCCUCCCCAUUUACUACAUCCAGCCCAGCUAUAUCCUCACAAAUUUUAUCCCCAACAAAUUCUACGACACCCACGAAUGGCACCCGCCGCUACCCACCCGACGGCGGCGUCGGCUUAGUCGUCCAUGCCCUAUGGUCAUGGUACCCCGAAGACGGAGUCAAAGAUGAACUGAUGUUCCCGCGCGGGGCGGAAAUCACCGAAGCAGAGAAUAUCAAUGAUGAUUGGUACUGGGGGUGUUAUGCGGGAUUGACGGGGUUGUUUCCGGGGGCGCAUGUAUUUGUUGCGGGGGAGGUGGUUUGA